AAACCCCCAACCUUCUAUAAAUACCUCUUAAUUGCUUACCUUUUCAAACGUUUGAACAGGAAGAUAAUAAAGCGUUUGUCUAAGAUCUCAGGAGAUGGCCCGUACCAAGCAAACCGCCCGUAAGUCGACUGGUGGGAAGGCUCCAAGGAAGCAACUUGCUACCAAGGCUGCCCGUAAAUCUGCCCCAACCACCGGUGGUGUGAAGAAGCCUCAUCGAUACCGUCCUGGAACUGUUGCUCUUCGUGAAAUUCGUAAAUACCAGAAGAGUACUGAGCUUCUUAUCAGGAAAUUGCCUUUCCAGAGGCUUGUUCGUGAAAUUGCCCAGGACUUCAAGACUGAUUUGCGUUUCCAGAGCCAUGCUGUUCUAGCUCUCCAGGAAGCUGCAGAGGCAUACCUUGUGGGUCUUUUUGAAGACACCAACCUUUGCGCGAUCCAUGCCAAGCGUGUCACAAUUAUGCCCAAGGACAUCCAGUUGGCUCGUAGGAUCAGGGGAGAGCGUGCUUAAUUUCCGAAAGUGUGGAUCAGUCGCUUAGAAGAAACUAUUGUUUAUUUUUAGGCAAAUGUAUUGGUUUUUUGUUUUUUCUGAUCAUCUUUUAGGCCAUGAUGGUAGUGGUAGGUUCAAUGUGAUGUGAUGAUGAAGUGGGGCGUCUGAUAUGUUAAUGGACAAUAACUCAUGUCUGGUAUAGUCUUGUUUAAAUGUGUUUUUGCUUAAUCGAAAGUUGCUUUGCCACAGUAGUGGCUUUGGUUGUUUA